GGAAAAAACCCCAAAAUUGCCGCCAUGGCCGGCACUGUGCGGGGGCUGCUGCAGGCGGCGGUUUCCCACGCCUCCACCCGGACCCAAUUUGGGGCCAAAAUCCACGAAUUUGGGGCCAUCCAGGAGAAGCUGGGCAGGAUGGCGCUGCUGCAUUACGUCACCGAGUCCAUGGCCUUCAUGAUCAGCGCCAACAUGGACAGAGGCGACCCCGACUUCCAGAUCGAGGCGGCCAUCAGCAAAAUCUUCGGCUCCGAGGCCGCCUGGGCCGUGGCUGACGAGUGCAUCCAGGUCAUGGGGGGGAUGGGCUUCAUGCAGGUGAGAUUUGGGGCCAAAGCCCCGAAUUUUGGAACAUUUUGGGAAUUUGGGGG